GCUCAAAUCCAAGACCGAUCCAGCGCUCCUUCAUCCCCAUGUGUGGCUCAGAAUCAACCCAUGCAAAAUUUCUCUUUCAUUGGCAAGCCUAUUUCUGCUGAAUGCUUCUGCAAACAAUCAAUAGAGUCUGAUCAACUAAGAAUGUGCGCUGCUUGGAAGCUUUCAUGCAAGCCUUUUCAAGAAACCUCGGACAUCAAAAUCUUCACUAAAUAUAGCAAGGAGAUGUUGAUGAGCCUUAGUCAAGCCGUAAACUCGAAAAGCUGUGAAGAGUACACACAAAACAUCAUUCACGGUAUCUAUGGAAGUACAAAACUAAACUUUUCAACUCUGCAAGAGGCAAUUUCCUAUUCCAUUAACUGGGAUUUCUGUGAGGAUAUGCAUAUAAGAAAUAACACAGGCUGUAACUACACCAUAGUUCAAGCUACAGGCCAGAACAACUCCGUGGCUACACGUCGCGAGCUGUUCUAUUUUGUACCUUCAUUCACGAGUAACUCCCAGCACUUGCGCCUUGGGAAUUUCUAUCGCCUGAAUUUCGAAAAAUACAACGGCACUAUUGCUAACGUUUGCGUUUCAGCUCUCGAUAAUUCUCUUUCUCCAUCAAAAACA